AUGUUUGCCGACAUACAAAAGACUCCAACACCAGAUGAAAAUAUCCAGCAUAGAAUGGAAGAACUGAAAAAAAAUGUACACAAAUACAACAACCCUUUUUACUUACGAGCAUUUAACGUUCAAUCUUCGGAUGAACUCGGUGAAAAUAAAAGGUUAAAUUUCAAGAAAACAUAUAGAAAUGAAACAUUGUUUAAAGUUCAUUCAGAACCUAACCAAGAUGGAAACAAACCUACUUUUGUUUCUGCAGACGAUGGAACUACAAUGAGAUGGGGUCAUAAAGCUAACCCGGAUAGGUGGUUCAUAAACUUACAACCACAAUUCCAAGAAGUUGUAGACGCAAUGGAAGUCAAUGGUGAACCAGAUAUAGCUGGUAUUUUCAGCGCGGCUUUAAUGCCAUUGAAAGAUAUGAAACAUGCAGAUAUUUUGGACCAGUAUGAAAUGAACAUGGCUGAUGGAAAUAUAACACCUGACGUUCUAGAACAUUUAUCUCAAAGAACUACACAGAACCAUAGAGAUGGUAUAUUUGGUGAAGAGUUUAGAAAGAAAGUUAGGGAGAGAGAAGGAAGAGAACCUAUUGUACAUGACCUUGCAAACGAAAGUUUACAAAAUGUCAUAAAAACUUACUUUGCAGACAAUGAACCGAGAAGGGAUGAAUAUUUAAGAAAACUCAAAUGGACAGUACCAAAUGAAAUGUUAGUAUUGAAAAACAUGUUCCUUGACAAAAUAAAACCAACUACAGAAAUAAACGACGCAAGACUGAAAGAUUGGGUAGAAGCUUUCCCAUUCACAAAAGAUAUAGUUGGUAACAUGGAAAGAAAACCAGAAUGGCUACAAAAACAUAUAUUUGGAAACGAGCAUAUUCCAUAUGGACAGGCACUGUUUGAAGAGCUUGAACCGGAAACUCAGGAAAGAGUCAUGCAAACAAUACGCGAAGACUCAAAUACAGACUAUGACAA